UAAGAAAAAGCUUCAGGCUUUCUUCUCUCUGUUUCUGUUUUUAAAAAGCCGCAUUAAGUGUAUUUCCUCAUGUUGAGGUAGCGACGCUUCACUGGAAAAUGGAAUGCGUCCGGAGAUUCCGAUACUUAUUAGUUAAAAGUUUGAUAAAUUCUAAUAAAAUUACAAAAGCAAAUCUGCCUGUUAUAAUCGAUUUGAAGAAAUGCCAACUUAAAGUUGAAACUAUAACUAAUAUUUAAUUACUACUAAUUACGUUACGUUAAUACUAAUUCAUUUCUACCCACCUGUUGACUAUGCAUGAGACAAGGAUCUUAGACGAGGCACAUAAAGCUUUUGCACGAUUAAUUAAUGUAAUAACAUAAAUGUUUACACAAAGUUUAUCAACGGAACUUCAUAAUCAAUGAAUAUGGCAAAAACAUUUUUGUGUUUAUCACGUUUGGGCAACUUACCACACGAUAUUAUUAUUCGGUCCACGCUAAUCGUUUAUUGUGUUCGAUUUUAAUUGAAAUAAAAUUAUAUAUCUCAAUAAUUAUGAUGUAUUUUUGCGCUAUUAAUUGAGACAUUACGCGUGUCGUUUAUUUCUUAACAAACUUAUUUCUUAAACGAACCGUAAUAAAUAAUUUUAUUUUUUCUAAUAAAAAGAAAAUUGCGAAUUGCAUCAUUCCUAAAAUCACAGGCCGCUAAUUACGUGAAGAAAAAAAAAUUAAAACGAAAAAAAUCCAAACCGCGCGAAUAAGGUUUAUAUUAUUUUUUAUAUUUGAAAAGGUUAUAGGAAGUCAAAAUGCUAGUUUCGUGUUUGAAGUUGAACGGGGUUCGUCCUCUGUAUUCAGUGAUUAGAAAGAGUUCUCAAAAAGUGGAAGAUAUACUAUGUCUGUACGGCGACGAGACCUACGACUUCAAGGACAGGUAUCGAGUCCUGGAUGAAAAGGACUACAGCAGAUUCAUCAGCCAGCGGUCCAUGAAGCGAGAACCGGCGAUCACUCGAUCUAUGACAUCCCUAGCCUACAAGAUCGGCAAGGAAAUGAUCUCGUUGGCGGAGGGAAUGCCCAAUGAGCAGAUCUUUCCCUUCGACCGGAUCGAGAUCAGCACCAAGACUGGGGGGAAGAUUCUGCUGGAAGGGGAUGAGUUGGAUAUGUCUCUGCAGUACUUGCCAUCUCAGGGGUUACCAAGUCUGCUGUCGCUCCUCCGUGAGUUUCAACAAGAUGUCCACCGCCCGCCCCCACUGGAGCGCGACGUGCUCAUCACCAACGGCAGCCAGCACGGCAUUUACCAGUGCGUGGACCUCCUCGUGGACCCUGGGGAUCCCGUCAUCACCACUGAGUUCACAUUUACCGGGUUCAAUAGCGCGCUCCGUCCGUACGACCCAGAAAUCCUCGCCAUCCCAGAGGAUGAGGAUGGUCUCAUCCCCUCUCUACUAGAAGAGUGUCUCUCUCAGCGCUCAGCUCUAGGUCAACGCAUGCCCCGUCUUCUCUACACCAUACCCACGGGGAAUAACCCCACUGGAACAGUUCUGCCGGCUCACAGACGAAGACAGAUAUACGAGCUAGCAUGUAAAUACGACUUUCUGAUUGUGGAAGACGAUCCAUACGCGUUCUUGAAUUAUACUGAUACGCGUCCCCCCAGUUUCCUAUCAAUGGACCAAUGCGGUCGCGUGAUCCGUCUCGACUCGGUGUCCAAGGUGGUGUGCGCGGGGCUGCGUGGCGCCUGGGCCACGCUGCCCGCCCCGCUGCUGCACCGCGCCGAGCUGCAUAUGCAGGCCGAGCUGCUGCAUCCCUGCACGCUCGCGCAGGUUAUCCUGCACCGCGUGCUGGAGGCGCGCGGCUCGCUGGCGGCGCACGUGGAGCGCACGCGCGCGCUGUGCCGGCAGCGGCGCGACGCGCUGGGCGCCGCGCUGGCGGGCGCGCGCGACCUGCCGCAGUUCGCGCGCUGGGACACGCCGCGCGCCGGCCUCUUCUACUGGCUCACGCUGCACGACGUCCCCGACGCCUACGAUAUGGCGUUCCGUACGGCGCUGUCGCACGGGCUGCUGGUGUGCCCGGGGCAGGCGUUCACGUUCGCGACGCGCGCCCCCGCGCCGCACGUGCGGCUCACGUUCACGCGCGCGCCGCUGGCCGCGCUGCGCGGCGCCGCCGAGCGCCUGCGCGACGUGCUGCGCGCCGAGAGCGCGCGCCCGCCGCGCCGCCUGCGCGCCACUGACGGCUAGCGGACCCUUUGAACGAGGUAAACUCAUCUAGUAAUGAUCGAUGCAGUAAAAUCUUUGAAUUCAGUUUUCUCUCAUAGUUCCUUCGAGGAAAAUUUUCUAUCUUCGGUAUUAAAAGUGUAAUCCCUUUAGGUGGUAUUAUAAAAUUCAACUCUGUAUAAUAUAUAAUUCUUAAUAAAGAAUUGCAUGUUCUUAUGCAACUAAAAUUAAAAAACGCGAUUACAGAUGGCGCUAUUAGCAAUACUAAUUGUUCUAUAUUGAAGUGAAACUUCUUUAGAAUCGUUGUGA